AUGGAGCGCGACUUGUGGGGCUUCUUCGAUGGGUCGGCAUCGAAACCCACCUCGGACGCUUCAACCGCGGAGAAGGAAGCGUGGGUGCGAAAGGACAAAAAGGCGUUUGCCUUUCUUGUCUCCAAGCUAAGCCUCCAACUCGUCCCGAUCGUGAGUCCGUGCAUCGACCGUGAAGGUGCGACUCGUGAAGCGUGGAAGCGACUCGAAGGAGAGCACGUCUCCAAGUCGCUUCAUAGCAAGCUUCAAGCGCGCCUCGACUUCUUCACGGUGCGGAUGAAGGACAGCGAGUCAAUGCGCGCGUACGUCAACCGCGUGGAGGAGCUUGGCGAGCGCUUGGUGGAACUCGACGCGAGCGUGGAGGACAACGAUUGGAUCAUGACGCUCCUCGCGGGCCUCGGUGAAGCGUGGUCAACCGUGAUCACGAUGUUGGAUGGGACGCAAGACACGUGGAAGAAGGAGCAAGUGGUGGCACGUCUCAUCAACGAAGAGGCAAGGCGUACGAAAUUGCAUGGCGAUGCAAUCGGCGCGGCACACUUCUCCCGCGAUGCGAAGGCGAAAGGGACGAGUCACUUCAAGCGGCGCAACGACGGCAACAACCGCGGGAGCUCGAGCGGGAGUGCGGCGGCCUCACGUGGAGGAUCGGCCAACGCCAAUCGAGCUCGGACGCGCGACGGAGCUUGUCGUUUUUGCAAGAAGACCGGACAUUGGUGGCGCGAAUGUCCCGUCAAGCCGGCGAAUUGGAAGCCGUCGAAUGACGACAACCGGCGCGCGCAUGAGGCGACAUGCGACAACAAUGACCGGGAGUUCGUCUUCGUCGCAAGUGGAACGACCGUCGGUGGUAUUGACGCGUGGGUACUCGACACGGGUGCUACUCAACACAUGACGGUGUGUGCAACGCUUCUCAACAACGUGACAACGGAGGCUCCCGUUAAGCGCGUGAUGUUCGGCAACCGUGACACGUUGGACGUCACGGGACAAGGCGACUUGCGGCUCAUGGUGGACGGCGGUCCACUCACCAUCAAGAACGUCUUGGUGGUUCCCGGGCUCGGCGCCAACCUCCUCUCCGUUUCCCAAUUCACAUGCAAGGGGAUGCGUGUGAAUAUCGAAGGGACCACGAUGGCGUUGAGCACGGCGGAUGGCGUACACAUCGGCACGGCACGCCAAACGGGAGGACUCUUCAUGCUCGAUGCCCUCCCAAGUGUGGCGACGGCUCAAGCGGCUACCUCGACAACCACUCUCAAAACGUGGCAUAAUCGGUUGGGCCACCUCCACCACGACGCUAUUCAAGCCAUGGCAACGAAGGGGAUUGUCAACGGCUUGGAGUUUGUGCGCUCGGGUGGAGACGAUGAGAAGUGUGUCGAGGCGGUUACGUUGGCAACUUGGAUUCGCAACCGGUGCGUGACCAAGGCGUUGCCCAACAAGACGCCUCUUGAGGCUUGGAGCGGUACGAAGCCGGACGUCACCGACCUUCGCACGUUUGGGUGUACGUGCUACUACCAUGUCCCGGAUGCUACACGGACCAAGCUUGAGGCGAAGGCGCGGGUGGCGAUGUACUUGGGUCCAAGCGCGGAUCACAAGGGGUGGCGCGUGUGGGACUUGGAGCACGGGAAACUCGUGGUGUCGCGCGACGUGGUGUUCUACGAAGACACCUUCCCCUCCAAGUCUACGAACGUGCCCUCGGUCAUCAUCGUCCCUCCACCCUUGGAUGCCGUGGAUGAGGCGGAUGAAGCUCCUACGGCUCCUCCUCCUAGUGCGAGUGAGGGGGAGCAUGGAUCGGGAACCCUCAUCCCAACUCCAAGUUCGAUUACUACUCUCUCGUGGCGGGGGACGAUGAGGGAGGGGGAGACGCUAUGUGUCUUGAGGCGUACACCGACACCCCGUCCACCUACCACGGCGCCAUGA